AUGAAUGUUUGGGAUCGAAUAUUGGUGAUAGGAAUGCCAGUCGCAUUUGGCUUAAUACAUCAUCUGGAAAAGGAAAAUGCUCGUCAAAAGAUGCUUAAUCAGGCCCAGAUUGAUGACUUGGUGGCUAAAGGAGUCAUCAGAUUCAUUGAGGAGAGUGAGUGAGUGAGUGAUGGGUAGCAGAUUUUAAUUGGCCAUGUUUGUCAAGUCUUGUUUAAUUAGCUUUCUUUUUCUUUCUUUCAAUGGGUUUUUAUGAAACAUGUUUCCAUCAAACUAAAUAGCUCUCUUUGUAUAUGACAUGUUUCCAAAGAGUUCGAAUCGUAUUAUAUGAUGCUUAAGAGUUUCUCAAUAA